GACACAACGACCUGACGUCACACGAACUAUGCCGACAACGUGAUGUUUUCUAUUCUCAGCAGCUGACCUUGAAUUCUUGCUUCCUUCCUCCCGUGAUCUUUCCUCACAGUUGGCUAUUGUUUAUAACUAAUGCUACUGUGGUCAGAAAGAUGAAUCAGCAUCGCACCGGCCAUUCACCAGCUCUGUGCUGUUCAAACCACUUCCGUUCGAAUUUCUCUGCUUCACAACCUUAUCCUUUGGUCCAGCUUGCGGGACGUUGCACAUUCAGCAAAUAGACGUGCCGGUUCAGGUCAUGACUGGUUCGAAUGUGGUUCUUCGUUGUCUCUUUACCGACACGGAUUCCAGCUCAACAAUCGCCAACAGUAAUUAUAGAGAAGCUCUAACCGAUUACGAUCAUAUUGCGGGUGGUCCGCUCUAUUCGCUAAAGUGGUACAAAGGCUCGCACGAGUUCUACAGGCACCUUCCAAGGGAGAAUCCACCAACAAAAGUGUUCCAUUGGUCUCAGUUUAACAUAGAGACAGAUGCGUUGGAGCCGGGUAAAGUCAUUUUGCGUGGCGUCACUCCCGAAGCCGAAGGAUCGUACAAAUGCGAAGUGUCAGCGGAGGGUACAUUUCACACUGAUGUUGCCGAAGCUAAUCUGACCGUCAUUGACGUUGAAAAUGAAGCUAUAACGCUGACACCAGAUUUGCCAUUAGAGGAAGCCAGGGUUGGUGAUCGAAGAAAGUGGAAUUGUACUUUUGGCAGAAGUCGACCGAGAGCUCACAUCGCAUGGUUCAUCAAUGGCGAGCCGGUUUCGCCGAACUCUCGUUACCUAAUCAGCAGCAAAAGUGUGGAAAGUGAAGCCUGGACGACGAAUCCAAAGAGCGGAACGACAAAACGUUUGGAAUGGGUCAAUUCAGUUCUUGAAUUAACUCUUUCCGAACGCCAUUUCAAAAAUCAGUGGCUUCGAGUAUCUUGCGUGGUACAAAUUGGCAGUGGAUACAGAAAGACGAAGGAAAUUUACGUCCGGGAAGAGCAAAAAGGGUCGGCUGGUCGCCAGUCCAACCGCAAUCCGUCACCUGUCGUCGGGGCCAAUGGCAGCCGGACUGGAAGUAAUAGAGAAGACGAAUUCCAUCCAUCCAUGUCUAAAAUCGCUGGAUCAAAGAAAGCCAAUUCAGAUGAAUCGGGUUCCCACGUUAUAACUGGCUCGUCAUUACUCAGCUCGCUGAUUUCUACGCUCACUUUGUUCUACGCAGUUCAUAUCGCUAAUUAUCUUUGAGGAGGUAAUGGCGCAACACUGAGAGGAAGUCUACAGGGGCCCAGAAAACAAAUAAGAAAAUUUCAAUUCAAAUUUCAUCGUCCAUUUGUUACUUGGCUCCAAACUGUGGUAUAUAAACUCUUUGAAAAAUUGUAUACAUCUUUGUAAUCACUACGCCAACAGUCAUUAGAUUAGCUUCACAUUUGUUUUUACUCGAUUUUUGUGCUGUAAAGAUCUAAUCUAAAUUAUGCGGAUAUCGUAAGAAUUAAACAACAGCAGCUAUGUA